CUAAAAGAUAAUCUUCAUGCUUAUGAUAAAAGUGAUGGCUUCAUCAUCUGUAGUCAGUUAUUUUUCAACGGUUCAAUUGGUUGUUGUCUGUGUAAAUGGUAAAGCUAGGGGCAUAAAACAAAUAAUCUUUAAACUUUCCACAUACAGCCCAUUUUAUAGCCAGGAAUUCCAAAUUUCCAGAAUGAAGGUGAUAAUUUUAUUCAGCUUCUUAGUUUCCCCUUCUGCUUCUGGUAAAUAAGUCCUUUUUCUGACACGUCAGUGUGUAAGACAAAUGGCAAGCUAAAGUUUGGGUAGACAAGGACUGGAGAACAGAUCAGUUCAUCUCCGAGUUCAUCUUCUGUCCAUGUCACGGGCGUCUUUGAAGAUAACUGACCUGUCUGAUUCAACUUUUUGUGCUGCUUCUUUGGUGGUGAGUGCCAACACCAUGCCUAAACAAGUAGAGGUUCGAAUGCUCGAGGGCCACCAGCCACCACAGGAGCCCUCUGCCCAGCCCUGCUGUGGGGGAAUCUUCCAGAAAUUAGUCAAGAACCUGCUGCUCUCACUAACCGUCUUCGGCGUGAUCCUGGGGGCAGUGUGUGGGUGCCUGUUGCGCUACGCCUCCCCUAUCCAUCCAGACAUCGUCAUGGUCAUCGCCUUCCCCGGGGACAUCCUCAUGAGGAUGCUCAAGAUGCUGAUCCUGCCUCUCAUCAUCUCCAGUUUAAUCACAGGCCUGGCUGGGUUGGAUGCCAAGGCGAGUGGGCGCCUGGGCACCAGAGCCAUGGUGUACUACAUGUCAACGACCGUCAUUGCGGCUGUACUGGGGGUGAUCCUGGUCUUGAUCAUACACCCUGGGAACCCCAAACUGAAGGAACACCUGGGCGAAGGCAGCAAGAACGAUGAGGUUUCCAGCCUGGACGCCUUCUUUGAUCUCAUCAGGAACCUCUUCCCAGAUAACCUUGUGCAGGCCUGCUUCCAGCAGAUCCAGACGGUCACCAAGAAGGUACAGGUGUUCCCAGAGCCAGAGGAGAUGGGAGAGAAAGGGAAUUCCACCAUGGACCCAUUCCUGGAGGCAGUGAAUGCUACUGUGGUCCCUCCUGAUCCUGUGUUCAUCACCAAGAAAUCAUUGGAGUUCAAAGGAGGAAUGAACGUGCUGGGUGUGAUUGGCUUCUUCAUUGCCUUUGGGAUUGCCAUGGGGAAGUUGGGGGAGAAGGCCAAGCUCAUGCUGGAAUUCUUCAACAUCCUCAAUGAGAUUGUCAUGAAGCUGGUCAUCAUGAUCAUGUGGUACUCUCCGCUGGGUAUCGCCUGCUUGAUUUGUGGGAAGAUUAUCUCUAUCAAGGAUCUGGAGGUAGUAGCUCGCCAGCUGGGAAUGUACAUGGUGACUGUCAUCGUGGGGCUUGUCAUCCAUGGAUUGAUCUUCCUACCACUCAUCUAUUUCGUCUUUGUGCGCAAAAAUCCAUUCACCUUCCUUGGGGGCAUCUUCCAGGCCUGGAUCACUGCUCUGGGCACUGCCUCCAGCGCCGGGACCCUCCCAGUCACAUUUCGCUGCCUGGAAGAGAAUCUUGGAAUCGACAAGCGUGUGACACGCUUCGUGCUGCCUGUCGGUGCCACCAUCAACAUGGACGGCACUGCGCUGUACGAGGCUGUGGCUGCCAUCUUCAUCGCACAGAUGAACGGGAUCCAUUUGGACGCAGGGCAGAUUGUAACAGUCAGCUUGACAGCAACCCUGGCCAGCGUGGGAGCUGCCAGUAUUCCCAGUGCUGGACUGGUCACCAUGCUGCUUAUCCUCACAGCAGUGGGGCUGCCUACGCAGGACAUCAGUCUUCUAGUGGCUGUCGACUGGUUUCUGGACAGGCUGCGGACCUCAGUGAAUGUGGUAGGGGAUUCAUUCGGCGCCGGGAUCGUUUACCACCUAUCCAAGGCAGAGCUGGAUAGCCUUGAUGCCCAGCAAGGCCACCCAGAAGAGAUGGAACUCAUUAAAACACAGGUGCUGUAUGACGACCUCAAGAACCACCGGGAAAACAACUCCAACCAGUGUGAUUAUGCAGCUCACAAUUCUGCUGUAGUAGAUGAGUGCAAGGUCACUCUGGCCACAAAUGGCUCCACUGCUGAAUACACACUUGUUGAGGAGGAACCAUGGAAACAUGAAAAAUAAAGAAUGCAGGCCCCUGCUCCAGCUAAUCCUGAUCUCCAGAAGCGUGCCUCCUGGUGAACCAACAAACAAAACAAACACACUAAUAAUUGGUUUAAUACUUUAGUGCAAAAUUAUAUUAAUAAUCUCAGCCAUUCAUGAACUAACUAUUUAACUAGCACCUAUUCAUUGUGAUUGUAUUAGACUUGGAUGGGAAUUAGGUCUUUAAACCCUGUUUCAUUUGGGCCUGCUGUGAAGAACAGAAACAGUUAUUUGCAUGGUUUUCCAGGGGCCAGCUCGCUACACAUGCUCCGAGCUGAGCUUCAAGCGGAAGGGGUGAGGAGAACUCUUCAGCUUUAGGGUAAUAAGUGGGCAAAGCAGAAAAAGAAAUCCGUGCUCAUUUCUUCUCUCCCUGUCUUUUCGAAGCAUCCCUCCACCCCUUCAUCACUCCUUCAGUCUGAAGCUACACACACGUACAUUAGGAGAAUAUACCACUGUCCAGGAAUAAGGAAAGAUAUUGAACCCAUGCUAAUAAGGGAGUAAUUAAGGGUUUUGUUUUGGGGGAUCAAAAGACAGGAAUCCACCCUUUAGGUACUCAGGUGAAAUUCCCUGCAGUAUCAGUUCUACCUCAAGGUGUUCUGACACUUUUCAGCUGCUCUGUUAUCAAUUAAAACACUUUCCAGAUAAAGCAGCCUGAUCGCUGUACACCAAUAGUAUUACAAGAGGGAAAAAAUACGGAAUAAAGGUGCUGUCCUUAGUUAAGAAUUGCAUGCAAUUAUAGAGUUAUGGUUUAUGAAGACAUUUUAUGUUAUGGCAUAACUAUAUGAGCAUAGGUCUGUGUAUAUUUAAUGCAGAGCUAUGUUUAUAGCUGGUACUGUCUUUACUUUUCCAAACAUGACCGCCACAGUUAUUGAGUAAGUGGUUGCUAGAGCAUUAGUGCCUUACCACUAUGUUAAAAGACUACAUUUUGUUUCUUCUUUUACCUUUUCUUUAUCACAUUGACACUUGUGAUUGGGUGGUUUCUCCAGUAAGUUUUAGCCAAGUUCAUCCUGUCUUUGGACUGUUAUCUGACAAUCCACUCAAACUACUUUCUGAAAUGAAGAAAUCAAAUAACAUGUCCAAAGUCAGGAGGGAAUUUAGCUUUAAAGUAGGGUAGAGACACUGUUAAAGAUUGUUCUUAAUGUCCCUAUAGGAGCAACAGAACUGAUCCACAUAAAUGAGCAAGGGGAAGAUAACAACACAUUCAAAUGCAAUUAAAGCUAUUUACUCUUCUCUAAAAAAAAAAAAAGCAAUGGCCACUUUAUCAAUAACUAUACAUCCCAAAAACAUUUCACUGGACUGAGUGAUUGUGGCACCGUAUUUCACUUACUCCUAUUUUACAGACAGUUGUAUGUUUCAAUUACACCUUUAACAUUCCAAGCGUUGGCUAAGCUACUGUAACAGCAUUGCAUGAGCGUUCUGUCUGAUUCUCUGUCGCAUAUUGGAAGGCUUUCAGGCUGCUUUAGUUUUUUUUUAAGAAAUGAUUGCAAAACAGAAUCACAUAAAACACAUAAAGGUGUAACACAGAUUAAAGCAUUAAGUAAAUAUCCUGAGCAUCAAAAGAAACUUAACACUAUUAUAAAACAUUGAUUUACAAAAAAAUAAGGUAUAUAAAUGAUGGACAUUGAUGAAAUGUUUUUGGUUUCUUUUUAAUCACUUGAUCAUUCAUCCUUGACUAUGACACGCUUGAGUGACUGCACUUACUCACCUAAUUAGUGAGACAGUUGAUUUGACCCUGGAUAUGGAGUGAUUUCAGCUGUUGAAUUGCAAGCUUGAAUAAAAGCAAUAAAGAAAAUCACAGAAAAAAAACAAUAUGCCAUGUCUGUCAAGAGAGCAGGGCCUUUGUGCAAUCGGCAUGUUGGAGGUUGGACUAGGGCAGCGUACUGUGGCUAGCCGUCUUGGGUGCUCACAGCCAGCAAUUUCAAACCUGGCAAGACGGUAUAACCAGACACACUCUGUCAAUGACAGGCUAUGAAUUGGGAGACCAAGAGUCACAACACCUGCCCAAGAUUGACAGAUCAUUUUGCAGCAUCUUCCUGAUGUCAAUUGUUAAUCAGCACAAUAAAUAGUCACUGCAGCUGCUCUAAAACAGAGUUUGUCAUUUUUCAAUCACAUCUAGUGAGUUUUAUCGAAAUAUAAGUGAUACGUUUCUUUUGAUGCUCAAAUAUAAGUGAUACGUUUCUUUUGAUGCUCAAAUAUAAGUGAUACGUUUCUUUUGCUGCUCAGUAUACUUACUAAUUAUUUUAGGAAUCUAUUACUGUACUGACUACUCAUGUAGGAGAUUACAAACUUUGUUCUGCUUUUUGGAUGUUGCUUAUUCUGUACGGUUUCAAAUCUAUAUACAUCACCUUCCAAGGCUAUUAAGACAGAUAAAUAAAUGUAAAAUGACUGCGGUGGGCCACUCAGACUGCUUGCUCACAAAAUAUCUUGGUAUCGCUGAAAAUAUAAUUGUUCCAUCUUCAAAUGCAUACAGAAUGAGAGAUCAAUUAUCUAAUAUCCAAAAUAUUAUAAAUGUACUACUAACAAGAAUAUUUGUUCUUCAUGAUAUUUGUUCCCCAAAUAACUGAUUUUUGCAAUCAUGACUGUCCAGACUGUUAGCAUAUGGAAUGUCAGAACGGUCACAAAAUUAAAAACAAAUGAACGACUCCUGCUUGAUCUAUAUUCCUGGAAAUGGAGAACAAAUGAACGACUCCUGCUUGAUCUAUAUUCCUGGAAAUGAAGAACAAAUGAACAGCUCCUGCUUGAUCUAUAUUCCUGGAAAUGAAGAACAAAUGAACCACUCCUGCUUGAUUUAUAUUCCUGGAAAAUGGAGAACAUUUUGGGGUUCAACUGUCAUUUUAAUUUCAAACCUUACAAAAAUUUAUACAAAUUUCAAUUGUAUUUAUUUAUAUAGCGCCUUUCAUACCACAGUAUCUCAAAGCGCUUUACACGUUGAUUAAAAGAACAAAAGUAUGCCGUAUCAAGAAGAAGUAAAAAUUACAAUAAAUAAUAAUAAUGAUAUCAAUAAUAACAAAAAACUACUGAAGAAAACUAGAACUGAAUAAGACUGAUAGGUAAAACACAAUGUCUAAAAACAGAUAUAAAGAAAUCAAAUAGAAACAAUUAUGUUUGUAAGUCAAGUUAAAAAAGCUAAAAUAUUAGCAUAUAACUAAAACAUUUUCUCUUCUCCUUUUCGAUUUUUGGAAGGCACAAAAGGCCAGCGUUAGCUGACCAAGGUGCACAGAGGUUUAAGACCGUUAUCUUUUCAGGCAAGUAAGCACGUGAUUCUGAUUGGGGUCAAAUUGCCCACUCUACAUUAAAUGUCAAAUGAACUUGGAAGUAAAUUGAUUAAAUAAACACAUAUAGAUCUUGCUGAAUAUUUUUUUUAGGUUGCAGGGUGGAGUUGGCUUUAUUACAUUGCAUUAUAGUACAUUACAUGACAUGUUAUUAAAUUGUAAUGAGCUAUACCAAGAAAAACUCAGAGUUGCUCAACAGAAAAACAGAUGCUUUCACUAUUUACAUAGACCAGCAGUACAAACCUGAAGGCUGAUAUAGGGAAGGCAUCUGGGUUGGCAAUGCACUGUAUAAUGCAUGUCUGUAACAUUUUCCAGUAAUUCUUAAACUAUUUGUGUUUCACCAAGACAUGUCUAAGUACAAGUUUUUAAUAAACAAUCUCGGGGUCUCACAUUAUGAUAUCUUCAGCUGUACUUCUCCUUGCUUGUAUUGCCUUGUGCCAAUACCGACUGAAGCAAUCGGGGGCGUAUUUAAAAUAAUUGUGUUGCCCAUAAUAAUAAUUUUGUUGAAUAUGAUUUUUUAAAUGCUUGUCAAAUACAUUUAAAUAAAUAAAUAAAUCUAUGGCUUAAUAAAUAUGUAUUUGAGACAAAGGAUUUUAACAUUUAAACCAAAUGCUGAUGGGUUAAGAAUGGCUGGGAAAUCCAAAUUUAUAUAAUACAUGUCCUGCUGAGUAGUAACGCAGCAUGUUGAGGGGAAGUGGGGAGCUAGACUUUUGAAUUGAGGCCGAGCUAAAUCAAUAUGCAGGGCCUUCAUCAGCGAAGCCUUUGUUUAUAAUGCACACAUAAUGGGGAGAUUUGACCCUCCUGCCUCCUUCUUAAGGAAAGAUGCUUUUAUGUUGGGUUUUACUGGGUCGUAAUGCAUUUGUUCGCUUGGUUGUACACAUGGCCCAGUUUCUACUGUCGCACAACCCAUUAAGGAAAUUUAUCUUAUCUCCUAUAAAAUGCAAAUAAAUAGGCUAUCUUAAUUGCAGGGACUUUUUUUUUUAAACAAACCUUUUCCAGCGAUAAAUGCCACAUCAGUAGCAUUGUUUUGGGGGUUUUACUUGUUUUAGUAUAAAGCUUUAUUUUUAGCGUCUUUAAAAUCCCAGGAGGUUAAUUAAAAAUGCUGCGAUUUGAACUGUGUAUAUGGUACAAUCUGUGUAUGUAAAAACUGGAUUUUGCUUUGAUUUAGAAUCGGUCACAGCUGUUGCCAAGGAACUGAGAUAAGUGUUCUGAAAAAUGAAUAGUUUAUUAAGAUUGCAUUUUUCUGGAAGUAUACAGAGUAUUAAAGCCUGAAACCUACAGCCUUCUAAAUUCACUACUGUAUGCGUGUCUUGCAAUGUCUUGGAGCAUUUCCCUGAGAAAAGGUGUGGGGGUUUGAAGUCAGCACCAAAUCAUUCUUCUACUAAUAACUGGAAUUCAGUUUUGAAAAGCACACUGCCCUAGAGCUACUGUCUGAGAAACGGUCAUAGUUAACAUUCCAAAUUCACCAUUACUUUGGCCGAAGCUAAGCAGUUGUCUCAGUCCAGCAUCCCUGGCUCACAGUCUGGGUUGAGGGAGGAUCCACCUACCGAAACUGUAGAGCCCCCUACCGACCUUAGAACCUUGCAUACAGGAAAAUAUACUUGAAAACUUUAUCCUGUGCUGUUUAUAGAUAACCCACCUUUUAAUAGGGAGAUUAUCCCUAGGUGCAGGGACACAUGCUCCGGCUGUUAGCCUAAAGCUCAUGACUGUUCUUAGCUCCCUUGAGGGGGUCUCUUCAAAGCACCACAGCGUAUGUCUGAUGUUGGCAAUACGCCACAGGCCUGAUAAUCAGGAAAGGAGAACAAUGACUUGAUAUCAAGAUUUUAAAAAAACAGAGUACAUUCCUUAUAGGAAAAAGGGGGUAAAUCAUUUUCUCUCAAUAGAACCAAAUGGCAAAACCAUGGGACCAGAUGUUUGUAUUUGUGUUUGUUUUUUCUCGAUGUCAACCUUGCCUUGAAGAUUAUAACUGCAAACAGAGCAGACAGUGGGAUGAUUAGUGUUUUUACCGUAAUCAUUAUUUUUUAAAAUAGAAUUGAAUUGGGCAUUCGUGUUGUUACAAUCAAUUCCUUUCAGGUUUAUAUCUGCAAUAUUUACUGGCAAUGUUAAGAAACACAUGAAGUUUCAUAUAUACUGUAUACAUGUGUACAUAUCUAAAUUAUAUAUACAACAUACCCAUAGACAGAAAUAUAUACAUGUGAUAUGUACAGUUUCUUCUGUACAGUACUCUACUAUGUACAGCAUAUCAGAAUCAGUUUAUAUACUGUUGAAGGCCUUUCCUAUCUCUAUGAAUAGAUGGUAAAUGCUUUUUGAAAAUCUUUUACAUUUUUUUAGCAUUCCCUUUCACAAUCUCACAAUGAGUACAUUCAGUUGUCAAAGACAAAAAUAUUGAUGUUAAUGUGAAAAAAUACAAGUCAGUUCUAUAAAUUUGAUGCAAGACAAAAAUAUUGAUGUUAAUGUGAAAAAAUACAAGUCAGUUCUAUAAAUUUGAUGCAAGACAAUACUAAUAAACUAUUUAGCUAAAUCCCUUUUUAUUCUCAAACAAUUCUCUUGCUGUUAUUUGUUGUGACAGAGCAGGUAUUAACCAGACAGGCACUGAGUGUAAAAACACAUUCUCUAUAUUUACAAAGUAAAAGUACUGAUUGUUGUGAAAAGCAUGGAGUUUAAAUGUAACGAGUUUUGUACCACUUUCUUGGAGCAUGAGAUAAAGUGCCUCCUUGCACUUUAGAUACCGUAGGUAAAAGAUGUCUAAUUUCUGUGAAAUGGUGUAUAGAGAUAGUGUUAAUUUGUGUGACUAUUUUGUAAUGCAAUAGACAUUCCUCCCAUGUGCUCUGUAAAAGAAUUAGCUAAAAAAAAAAUAAAAAAAAAUGAUGUUCUGCAUUUGAGUAACUGUUUUACAUAGUAGUCUUGCAUAGCUGUACUAGUCAAAUAUAUACAUAUCUAUUUUUUUGUAUCUUAUGUAAACAUUUAAAAUGUUUGUUCCAUGAAAUUGAGUCAUGUGUGCAUUGAUUUUAUUGUAUAAAUAUAUUCAAUGUUAAUUUUGCAAUCCAGAAUUUUCCAGAGAUGGGCACUGAUGAUGCUCCUGUGAACAAUAUCCACAGCUGAAAGGGUCUCUGUUCGGUGUAACUGGGUUUACAGUUUAAGCCUAUCUAGGAAAAAAAGUCACAUUUAAUUAAAUUAUCAGGUUUUUCAUUAUUAAAUGCUUCUUGUAUUUGAGGACCCCUCUGAGGUGACCGUGGCAGUGCCUGUCUAAAAUUCUUCCUCAGAUCUUCAGACAGUGCCUGGUGCAACUGGGAAAACUGCCUGUGAAACAUGAAAUGGUUUACUGUAUUUAUAGAUUCACAAAAGACACAACAAUUAAAUGCCUGUGUUUUUUGCCUUGAAUUAAUUUAUCUAAAUGUCCCACCAGCUUUAGAAAGUUAGUAAUAUCUGCCUCAAAUCUGUUGAAUGUAGCAAUAUCUAUCUCAUUUAUUACAUCUCGAUAAAUUAAUUCAAGACAUUAACACCGCUUUUAUGCACUGUUACUGAUAUAAAAAUAAAAAAUAAAAAUCAGCCAGGGUGGCAUAUCCUGAAUGUAUUCCAGCUGAAAUCAGAUUCUGUUAAAUGUGGCUUUUUUUCAUUACUUUAAAAGAAAGUAUCAGUUUGAACACAUGCAAGUAUUUGUAGGCAUAAUGUUUAUAUGAUGAGUCAGUUAAUGUACACGUCUAUUUUCUACAGUGUUAGAGUAGUGUAGUUCAAGUAUUUGGGAACUUUUCUCACUUCAGGUUUGAAAUACUAUAAUGAUCUGUUUUCUGAAUUUCCUAUUUUGUGUAGCUGUAAUUCUGAUGUAAAAAUAAACACAUCCGCAAGCAAUCCAUUCUAUACCAGACCAGUUGAAAACGCUGUUAAUACAGUACAUAUCACUAAGUGUUGUACCUUUGGUGUACAUAAGACUACUGAAACUAAUAAAUGUUGAUUCAUAACUAA